AUGAUCAAGCGUCGGGACUGGAACCUGUUCAGAGGCGGCGGCGGGGGCGACGCCGGCGACGACACGAGCGAUUCCGACCCGGACGCCGGGCGCGGCGCGCUGAGCGGCUCGGACACGGACACCGACGCGUCGCUCACCGAUCUCACCGACUCCGACGCGGGGGACUCCGACGGCGACAGCGACAGCGACAGCGACAGCGACUCCAAGCGCGUCCGCAAGGGGAUGUACAACCAAUUCGACGACGACGACGACGCGUCGUCCGACGACGACGACGACCCCGACGACGAGGACGACGGCGACGGAAACAUGUCGCUGAGCGACGUGGAGGAGACGCGCGCGGACGACGCGGCGGCGGCGGCGGCCCUAAACCCUAAACCCGCGGGCGGGCUCGCGCUGAAGUGCAAGCUGUGCCCCGGCGUCCUCUGCCUCUCCAAAGACUCGCUCCUGCGGCACCUCGCGAGCAAGAAGCAUCAAAAGAAGGUCGCGAAGCUCCCGGACGGCGCCGACGACCCGAUGGCGCACGUCAAGGCGCCGGCGGGGAGGAAAGUCCCCAAGUCGUGGAAGCGACGCGGCGACGGCGACGACGACGAGGAGGAGAAGGAGGAGUACGACAGCGACGACGACGACGACGUCGACAGCGUGGAGGGGUACUCCGACGGCGAGGCGGAGACGCACGCGGAGCGACGCGCGAGGUUGAUGACGCAACGCAUCUUACGCGCCGAGGACGGCGACGACGACGACGACGACGAAGACGUCGUGGACGCCGUAGAGAGGAGGCGCGCGGAGCGGUUGGGGCUGACGUACGAGGGGGAGAGGGGGGAGAAGAAGAAGCGCGACCGCGGCGGGCGGCAGCGGCAGCGGAAGCGCGCGAAGGUUGGCGGGGCGGGGAAGGACGGCGGCGGCGGCGGCGGCGGCGGCGGCGAAGACGCGACGCCGGCGCCGCCCGCGGCGAAGAAGGGGAAGCCCGGGAAGCGUCAGCGCGAGGCGAUGCGACUCGCGCGCGAGGCGGAGGAGAAGGAGAAGGCGAAGGCCAACAAGGCGAAGACCGCCGACGUCGACGACGACGACGACGCGCGCGCGCCCGGGGACACGAGACCGCGGAAGAACAAGGCGGGAGAGGCGGGGGAGGGGGGAGGGGGCGCGGCGGCGGAGGGCGAGGAGGACGCGGCGGGCGAGGACGAGGGAGAGGGAGGUUCUGAUGAGCGAACCAGACUCGAAAAAGAAAUUAAAUCACGUCGUUGA